AUGCCGAUCACGCGCUUCUUCGGAGGUAGCUUCCCGCCUGAGCUUGGCGUGCGGCUGCGGGGCGAGAAGCCGUUGACGGCCGCGAUGACAGGCCUGCCCAGGCCUUCGGAGGCAGUCGGAGGCACUGCCACCCCCGUGCCCGAGGAGGAGAAUGAGCCUGCUGAUGCGCCGCUGCCUUUGUUGUCUGGACACGCGUGGGUGCUGGAGUCGACGGCCCCCUCGGCCAUCGGCAGUGAAGUGGACAUCUGCAAAGCUCCGCUCGUUGUAGCGUCGGAGUCGGCGGGCCUCGUCCUCCAGGAAGGAAGCCACGCGCGAGCGAUCCGUCUGCCGGUCGGGGACGUGCCCACGUACGUCGACUCGCGGGCCACCGAGCUCCGCCGGCGACCUGGCACGGGCCACGAGGACGCGGAGGGUGACCUGUGUAAGCGGCUUGGCCGACUGCCCCUGUCUCCGUCCGGGGAGCAGCCUCGGGCCGAGGAGGCGCAUUCGCCGAUCAGGAGCAGAGGCGUCCGAUUGCUCGCCGUGGGCUUCGACGGCCAGGACGAGCGCUUCAAGCCCUGGCGCGAGACGGUCCACGAGGACACCCAGGAAGGUAUCGUGGCCGCGCACGCCAACCCGCAGCGGGUGCAGUGGGAGGUGGCGAAGUACUACACUGGCGUGCAGUCGGCCGAGGGCGUGGCAAGCCCGGUGCUGCGGGCGCAUGGGGCGCGCAGGAUGCGCGGGGAGCGCGACGGCCAGCAGGCGCUGUACGCCCUGCCCGACGAUAUGCAGGCAGACGCCCAGCGGAGGGUGCGCGAGUUGGCGGACAGCUGGGCCGCGUCCUUCACGCUCGACCUUGUGAGCCUCCCUGGCUCGGUCCGCGGGUGCCUGCUGAUCACUGACGUGGCGCCCUCUGAGGUCGUCGGAUUUCUGGGGGACUAUCAUGAGCGCAUGCUAGCGCCGCCAGUUGAUGUGUAUGAGACUGUUCCCUACUUCGACCCCGAGUUGAGGUUCAACCAGAAGGAAUAUCAUCCUCGGGCCGAGGAGGCGCAUUCGCCGAUCAGGAGCAAAGGCGUCCGGUUGCUGGCCGUGGGCUUCGACGGCCAGGACGAGCGCUUCAAGCCCUGGCGCGAGACGGUCCACGAGGACACCCAGGAAGGUUUCCGCGACCAGCCGAAGGUGAACCUGGGCGGGCCGAUCGCGCUGGAGGAGCUCCUUAAGCGGCUCGCAGGUAUCGUGGCCGCGCACGCCAACCCGCAGCGGGUGCAGUGGGAGGUGGCGAAGUACUACACCGGCGUGCAGUCGGCUGAGGCUGAGGCAGGCUGA